AUGUCUCAUUUAGUGAAUGGAAAAGUAGAUUAUAUGGUGAUGUAUUUUUUAUUAGGUGUUUGGUAUUUUAUGUACAUGAUAGAUCAUUGUAUUUUUAUAAUAUAUAAUAUUAAAUUAAUAAUUGUCAUUCUAGUAGAAGUGUUUGUAUUGAUACUUUUUUCAUUUUCUCUUUUAAAUGCGUCAUUAAUUGAGUUUACUCAUAAACGUUUCUCUAAUUUAAUACAUUUUAUUCGUCCAAUUGUUUGUGGAAGUAUUAGCUUAAUUUGUAUAAUUUUUAUUUUUAUUGGAUAUCAAAUAUCAAGUAUUAUGUUUGAAGUGAUAUGGUUAUGUUCAGUGUUUCUUCCAAUUUUUAUUUCUUUAUUAUUAUAUUUAUAUCAAAUUAUUUGUUUAACUAAUCGAUUUAUCCUUAUUAUUUUAUUCAUUAUUUCAUCUGGGAUUGGGUUAAUAGGUAUUGUAGUAUUUUUUGUUUAUGAUAAAAACAGAUGUAACUGGUUAUCUCAAUAUCUUGGAUCAGAAGAAAUUCUGAUGACAUGUAUUAUUUCAUCAAUGUGGUUAUUCUUUCGUUUCUUUAAGAAACACAAAGAGGAAUUAACCAAUGGAAAGAAGAUUGGGCAAAUUGAAAUUGAAGGAAAAGUUGUUGAUGUGGAGCUUGAGAUGAAGUAG